AUGAUUGAGUUCAACGCCGUCUCCUCGCUGAGCUAUGAGCGUUGCCAGCUGGUUGCGACGCAGUAUACCACUGUUCUCGUCACCACCACUGUACCUAGAACUGCCGCUAUUGACCGGCGGGUGUGUCUAUCGAAUGCGUCAGGUGUGCAGAGUCGGUGCUCACGAAUACCUGCGCUGUAG